UAGUUUUCAGUCACUAGUUGGCUCGCCGGUUUUACCCAGACACACGGCAGUUCAAGAUCGUCCUUCGGCAGUACUUGAUCGAUACCACGUGUCGCCACUCAUGAACCGACGAGCACCUUUACGACCGGCUGGACCAAGUAUCAAUGUCGAUAGACUGAAUGUAAAUAGUCUCACGGGUAUUCUCUUUGUACAGGUAUUGGAAGGUCGUGGGUUAAAAUUUUCGGAAAAGCAGAAGGCAGUUACCGAAGAAAUGUAUUGUGUAUUGGAAGUUGAUGAACAACAUCGGGCACGAACUGGGGUCUCAACUGCCGAGCAGCGAUUUCGAUGGCGUGAGACGUUCCACAUUGACGUAUUCGACGCAACUGUUGCACACUUUUUUAUCUACUCAUGGCAUCCACAAUUCAGGCUCGUAGUAAUGGAAAUCGUUUUCUGUCUAUUUUUAAAUGGUACUGGAUUCAGUCCAAAUGUGAACUGCUAUAUAAGUGUCGGUUACAGGCAUAAACUGUGCCAUAAGGGCUCAUUAAAGCUCUUGGAAGCGUUCAUCGUCGAUCAGCUUAAUGGCGAUCGAAUGUUUGCUUUGAAUUUGGAGCCACGUGGUCAAUUAAUUGUUCGCAUUGGUUUCCAUGAUAUGCGAACCGUAUUCCGAAGAACAGUCAAUCCUCGAAUGGACGGAGUUUUUGGUGUGUCUCUGGCUCGUCUGCUUUCUCGAGAAAUGCGAGAGACUCCAAUCGCUUUCACCCGUCUGAUUCAGGAAGUCGAAAGGCGUGGUGUUGACUAUAACGGAUUAUAUGUUUUAUGUGGGUCAGUUGAGAAAAAACGAGUUCUGCGCGAUGAAUUGGAGGCGAAUCCUCUGGGAUGUGAAUUGAAUACGGACAGUGUUCCUGAUACAAACGUUCUUGCUUGCCUUAUCAAGAACACUCUGCUGCUCGUUAUGGACCACCUCGCUACCGUACUGUCAUCUUCACCUCACAACGGCUUAACACUUUCUCGUCUCACGACUGUUUUUGCACCGUUACUACUGUGUUGUAUCGAAACGCCAUCGGUUAAAGGACUGAAAACGUUGGAUGUGCCACAAGCAGCUGCUACUCUAUCACUCUUGCUUCAAAUAUGGCCAUCUAGAGUCAGUGAGUCCUCAUAA